UCCCUGGUUCUCUGGCUCCCUGGCUCUGAAGAUGGCGGCGGGUACGCGCUCCCCGAAGAGCGGGCUGCUGGAGCUGCGCGCUCCGGGUAGCGCGGGGCCCGGGCCCUGGCUGCGGGUCUUGGUCAGCCUGGCAGCGGACGUGGUGACUGUGAGCGCCGCGCCGGCUAGCGGCGAGCCGGAGCCGGGGCCAGGUUCGGAGCCUGCGUCCGCGUCCUUGCCCCAGCUCAACGGCGCGGAUCCCGGGACGCCCGCAGUCCCCGGAGCUCCCGCAACACCGCCGCUGCCCCACGCGCUGCUCAACCAGAAGCGGACCGUGCGCGUGGUGAAGCAGGAGGCGGGCGGGCUGGGCAUCAGCAUCAAAGGUGGCAGAGAGAACAAGAUGCCCAUUCUCAUCUCCAAGAUCUUUAAGGGAUUGGCAGCUGACCAGACAGAGGCUUUGUUUGUGGGGGAUGCUAUCCUGUCCGUGAAUGGUGGAGACCUGUCUACAGCCACUCAUGACGAGGCAGUGCAGGUGCUCAAGAAAACUGGCAAGGAGGUGGUUCUGGAGGUCAAGUACAUGAAGGAGAUCUCGCCGUAUUUCAAGAACUCUUCAUCAGGGGCUACCGUAAGCUGGGAGUCACCGGCUGCCUCCUCCCCGACCCUCUGCCCUCGAGAGCUCAAGGAGGGGAAAAACGUCUCCUUGAAGAUGGCCUAUGUCUCGAGAAGGUGUAUCCCUGCAGAUGCUGAGCGCAGGUAUUUGGAGCUGCGCUCUGCGGACGGCCGUGACGUCCUCUUCCUGAGGGCCAAGGAUGAGGCGGGUGCCCAAGCCUGGCUGGCUGCCAUCCAGGCCAACAUCCACGCCCUUGUGCCCUGGGUCACCGACGAGCUGCGGGCCCUUCUCGCAGGAGCUGGAGGUGUUGCUGGGAGCAAGGAAAUCAAGCGGAUAGGCUGGCUAACCGAGCAGCUCCCAGGUGGGGGAACAGAGCCUGUUCUGGCCAUGCUGACGGAGAAGGACCUUUUGUUCUAUAGCACUCUCCCCCAGAGCCGAGAAGCCCUCAACGCGCCCGGCCGCAGCUCUCCGCUCAUCGCCACAAGGCUGGUGCAUUCUGGCCCCUCUAAAGGCUCUGUUCUCUAUGACUCAGAGCUUUCCUUCGCGCUGCGCUCGGGGACCCAUCAGGGUGUGGAGACACACCUGUUCAGUGUGGAGUCCCCCCGGGAGUUAGCCACCUGGACCCGCCUGCUGGUGGAUGGCUGCCACAAUUCUGCGGAGGUAGUGCAGGAGGUAUCCACAGCCUGCACGUGGAACGGACGCGCCUGUAGCCUGUCUGUGCACAUCGACAAGGGCUUCACUCUCUGGGCAGUGGAGCCUGGUCUGGCCAAAGCCCUCCUGCUGCAGCAGCCCUUCGAAAAGCUGCAGAUGUCCUCUGACGAUGGCUCCAGCCUGCUCUUCCUGGACUUUGGAGGGGCUGAAGGCGAGAUUCAGCUGGACCUUCACUCCUGCCCCAAAACCAUUGUUUUCAUCAUCCACUCCUUCCUUUCUGCCAAAGUCACCCGUCUGGGACUGAUGGCAUAAGGGCCCUGGAGGAGGAGCUUGGGGGGCCCAGGAAGAGAGGCCCACAGAGCUCCCUGAUGGACAGAAGCUGGAAGAGGAGAGCAGAGCGGCAAAGAACAGAGCCAGGAAACCAGUGGGCCCUGCCCAGGGUUGCCAGAAACCACUGUCUGAUGAGGGCUUUCGGGGGUGACCUCCUGAGACACAGUGACCCUGUGAAGGAGCAGCUGACCCCGAGGCUGUUCCCACACCAGUGCCUUGCAGAGUGAUAUUUUGUGUACAAAUAAGCCAUUCCUUAUUUGAUACUUUAGUGGCCAGAAGAAGCCAGGAAGAUGGAAGAACAAGAAGGUCUGCUCCCAGCUUCACUAGGACAGAGCCCCAGGGGACAGGCCGGCCUUUGGCCUAGCCAGGCCACAUGGACACAAGCUGUGAGUCUUGCAUUGGGCUGACCUGACCUGUCUCCUGGAGCCAUGGCUCUUUUUAUGGAGGGAGAGAAGCCCCUAUGCCCAGUGAGACCCUUGGACUUCCUCUAGAUGUGGUCCUUCCUGGUGCAAGAAGGAGAAAGAUACUUCCUGUUUCCUCAGCCCAAAUUCCACUGUGGAAUCUUUUCUCCUCUUUUGUGUUCUCUCUUCUCUUCUCUUCUCUUCUUCUUUUUUUUCUUCUCUUCUUUCUCUUCUCUCUUUCCGUCUCCCCCCCCUCUUUCCCCUCCCUCCCUCUCUCUCUCUUUUCCCCCCUCUCUUUUUUCUCUCUCUCUUUGUCUUUCCCUCUCUCUCCCCCUUUUUUCUCUUCUCUCUCCCUCUCUCUCUUUUUUCUCUCUUUCUCCCUCUCUUCCCCCCUCCUUUUUUUUUUUUUUUUUUUUUUUGCAUUCUCUUGGUGAAAUAAACAGCCCGACUUCACCACUG